AUGUCGGCUCAAGAGGCGGCGGCGGCGGUGGCGGCGCACAGCGCCCCCAGCGUCAAGUUCCUGACCACAUUGAUCGACCGAGCCGCGAGCCUGCAGCAGCUGGUGAACCUGGAGCAGCGGAAUGGCGACGCCUUCAAUGCCUUCCACAUCGCGACGUCGUUCAAGCGAUCGGCGCACCUGAUCCGCGACCAGGGCAAGCAACCCAGGGAUUUCCAUCCGCUCAUGCUGCGGCUGUGGGCACGGCUGCAGCCGCAGCUCGCUGACUGCGGGACUCGCAGGCUCGCGAGCAUUUUGUGGUCAUGCAGCAAAGCGGCGUUUGUAGAGGCACCGUUGCUUGACGAGUGCCUGGAGCGCCUUGCCGCCGCGGCAGCGGACGCCGACCCGCAGCACCUGUCGAACGCACUGUAUGCAGCCGCUUUGCUGUCAAAGUUGGAGUAUAGCAUCAACAAGCAGCAGGCACUGCAGCUGGUGGAGGCGUUGACGCAGCAGCAGCAUGCAGCCAAGCCGCAGGAGCUGUCCAACACGCUGUGGGCGGCGGCCGCCAUGGGGUUGCUGCUGCCAGAGCAGCAGGCACUGCAGCUAGUGGAGGCAUUGGUGCAGCGGCGGCAUGCAGCCAAGCCGCAGGAGCUGUCCAACACGCUGUGGGCGGCGGCCACCAUGGGGCUGCGGCUACCAGAGCAGCAGGCACUCCAGCUGGUGGAGGCAUUGGUGCAGCAGCGGCAGGCAGCCAAGCCGCAGGAGCUGUCCAGCACACUAUGGGCGGCAGCCACCAUGCGGCUGCCGCUGCCAAAGCAGCAGGCACUGCAGCUGGUGGAGGCGUUGACACAGCAGCGGCAGGCAGCCAAGCCACAGGCCCUGUCCAACACGCUGUGGGCGGCGGCCACGUUGGGGCUGCUGCUGCCAUUUGAACAGCUGCAGCAGCUGGUGGAGGCGUUGACGCAGCAGCGGCGUGCAGCCAAGCCGCAGGCCCUGUCUAACACGCUGUGGGCAGCGGCAACCAUGGGGCUGCUGCUGCCAAAGCAGGAGGCACUGCAUCUGGUGGAGUCGUUGGUGCAGCGGCGGCAGGCAGCCAAGCCGCAGGAGCUGUCCAACACGCUGUGGGCGGCGGCCACCAUGGGGCUGCGGCUGCCAGAGCAUCAGGCACUGCAGCUGGUGGAGGCGUUGGUGCAGCAGCGGCAUGCAGCCAACCCGCAGAACUUGUCCAACACGCUGUGGGCGGCGGCCAUCAUGCGGCUGCCGCUCCCAGCACAGCAGGUGCAGCAGCUGGUGGACGCGUUGGUGCAGCAGCGGCAUGCAGCCAACUCGCAGAACUUGUCCAGCACGCUCUGGGCGGCGGCCACGUUGGGGCUGCGGCUGCCCCAGCAGCAGGCACAGCAGCUGGUGGAGGUGUUGGCAGAGCUGCGGCAGGCAGGCAGCCAGCAGGUGCUUGUUAGCACGCUGUAG